AUGCAGCUGCAGAACCUUAUUCUCGUUGGCUCUCUGGCCGCAGGAGCAGUAGCAGGAGACUUUAGGAGACAGGCUGCCACCAAUGGCACAGGUACUGCAUGUGCACAGAUCAGCAGCAGGGCGGCUAGGACUUUAGCGGCUUCGCCAUCAGCUACCCCGGUCGUAGAUGGUGAGCUUGCUCUGGCUUGCUUGAAGUCUGUUCCUCUCGGCAAGGCGCAGGCCCUCCAGUUGAUGGAGUCGAUUUUCCCUUAUGUGGAGUGGCAGUCUGAUACCUCGUAUAUCAAAGAUCCGCCCCCCGCUUAUCUCGAACCGGCAGUGGAUAUCUGGGCCGAACUGAACAAGGUGUACGAGAAUAUCAAGUCCGACGCAUAUGCCGGUGAAUACGAGUUCCAGGCGGAUCUGUUCAAGGCAUUCAACCUCGCCCAUGACGGACACUUCCGUUUCUUCCCGGAUCUGCUGACCAAGGUCCUGACGUUCCACCGCAACGUCGGUCUGGUGUCCGUCAGCUUAGACGGCAAGGAGACUCCCCAGAUCUACGUGCACACCGAUAUUGUCGGAAAGGUCGAGAACGGACUCGAUCCCUCGCCAGUGAAGUCAAUCAAUGGAGAAGACGCGGUGAAAUUCCUCGAGGACUGGUCCCAGCUGGGCAGUCUGAACGACCCCGACGCACUCUACAACUCACUUUUCUUCUCGAAGCCCUUUGCAGCAAGCACCCCGGACUUCGAUGGGUACUUCUCCGGAAGUGCCCGCUAUGGCUACAUCUACCCUGGAAACACAACGACGAUCGAGUUCGCCAACGGAACAAGCCGAUCCUACCGAACCACCGCACAGAUCAAAGCCGAUCUCACUGGAGUGACCGACGGACCAAGCAUGUACCAAAAGUUCUGCACAGGACCCUCCAGCACGGAGUCCGCAGCGUCAGCAACAUCCUCUCCAGCAGCAGCGGCCACCGCUACUCCAGCACCCGGCUACCCCGACCCCGAAGUCAUCAGCUCGGACAACGUCAUCUCCGGCUACUUCCUCGACUCGGACAGGAACUCUGAAGUGGCCGUGCUGAGCAUGUUAUCGUUCGAGCCCAGCACGCCCGCCGAGUUCCAGGCCGUCCUGGAGAAAUUCCUCCGCCACGCCAAAGCCGCCGGCAAGACCAAGCUCGUCAUCGACGUCUCCGGCAACGGAGGUGGCUACAUCCUACAAGGCUACGACACCUUCCGCCAGCUAUUCCCCAGCAUCGUGCAAGACGGAUACACUCGCUUCCGCUACACGGAAGCCCUAGCCGCCAUGGCUGAGCAAUUCGCCGCCGUCCUGCCCGAAGACUUCAACCCGGACAACGCCACGUUCGACGAGAUCCAGAUGUUCGAAUCACCACCCAACUACCGCUACGACCUCAACCUCCAGAACAAGCACUUCACCUCUCUGGAGGAGAAGUUCGGGCCCCACGAAUACAACGGCGACCAGUACACCAGCAUCAUCCGGUGGGACCUGGACGACCCGCUAACGACCGUCGACCCGACAUACGGCAUGGGCAUGGAGAUUACGGGAUACGGCACGCGCCGGAACUUCACGCAGCCGUUUGCCGCUGAGGACAUCGUCAUUCUGUAUGACGGCUACUGCGCCUCGACGUGCACGCUCUUCUCCGAGUUCAUGCGUCUCCAGGGCGGCGUCAAGAGCAUUGCCAUCGGCGGUCGGCCGACCUCGGACCCGAUGCAGGGGAUCGGUGGGAUCAAGGGGUCGAACAAUUUCGCAUUCUCGUAUAUUUACUCGCUCGCGCAGUUGGCCAUCGAAUCCGCUACCCCCGGCCAGGAACACGCGGCGAACUGGACUGCGCUCACGGAGCUGAGCGAGCUGCCCACGAACCGCUCGACCGAUACCUCCGUCAACGUGCGCGACAAUAUCCUCCCUGAGAACCUGGAGGACGGGCUGCCGUCGCAGUUCGUUUACGAGAAGGCCGACUGUCGUCUUUUCUACGAGCCGGAGAUGAUCGUAGACGUCACCGCGAUGUGGGAGGCUGCUGCCGAUGCGGCAUGGGGUAGCAAGGAGUGCGUCAACGGGCACCUCGAUCUGAAGAAGCGGACGGCUACAAGAGCUCGUCGGAGUAGGAAGUCCCCACCGCGCAAGAUGACCGUCAAGGUGCCUGCGAAUCCGGUCUCGGAUCGCUCGCCUUGGUGGACACAGAAGCAUGGCACUCGGGUGCCGCUUUGA